AGAAGUUGAGUACCUUGGCUGAGCUUUUGGUGGUGUUGGUGUUGUGUCAUCCGAAAGCAUGGUGGCCGAGUCUAAUCUUCAAUUCAAAAAGUUGGUGUAAAAAACUUUUCCGUGACUCGUGAAUCUGUGAUUGAAAGGAACGGGCCUGUGAAAGAGAGGACGAAGCGCAUAAACGGAUGCUUGCUUCCUGUAUCGUGUUCUCUCUCUCUCUCUCUCUCUCUCUGAUGAGGAACCGAUUUUGGGCCGUUGUUUGUUCCUGUUAGAUUAGUACAAUAUGCGAACGCAUUGAUCGAGUUUCCUCCCUCUCUCUCUGUCACACACAUCCCUUUCGCGCUCACCAGCUUUUUUCUCAAGUUUCGUCUCUCUCUUCGUCCGUUGCUCUCCCUCCCCUGUCUAUCAAUUCGUCUGUUCACCAAGAGCUAGGUUUCCGGGCAAGCUUUUGUGUAUAUGGGGAAAUGGCGUUAGGCUUACUUGGGGGCUCUCUCGUUCGUUUUAUGUGGUAGAUGGAGGAAAAGCAGUUGGAUUUCAAUGCACCGCUUCUUUCUGUGAGGAGACAUGCCGCCGCCGCUGCGACCGCUUCUGCCUCUGUGCGUUCAUCAGGUAGGGAAUGGAAGUCAGGGGAAGCGAGCGAGCGUAACUUGUCGCCGCCGGCAUAUAAGACUGAACUCAAGUCCGGGCCGGUGAGGGACUCCGGUGCGGUUCCGUUUGUCUGGGAGCAGAUCCCCGGUAGGCCCAAGGUUACCUCCGUACAUGGCUCUAGCUCGCCGAAGCGGCCGGCACCAGCACCAAGGUUGCCGCCGGGUAAGCUGGCUGCCAAAAGAGAAAAUGUGCCGACUGCGGAGGAUGAAGCUUCUCCGGCACCUGCGCGGAGUCUGCCGCCUGGCAUGGUGGUCGAUUCUAGGAAAGAGAUUGUGAGGACGGCGGAGGGUGACGGUCGUCAAAUUGGGAAAGUGGGGAGGUCGCCAAACGAUCGUACCGUGCAAUCAGUGCGGCCGGUCGGAGGAGCACAUGAUUCCGUGCCGGCCGCUAAGGCCCAUGGUAGUUAUGGCUCAAAGGAGGAGAGGGAAAAUUUGGAUGGAGACGAUUGUGAUGCCUUCUCUGAUGCACUAGAGACGUUUUCUCUCGCUGAAACCAGUUUGUUUAAUGGAAGCGUUGGUGGUGUUAGUGCUUUGGAUGGCCAAGAGUGGAAGAGAACGGGGAAUUCCAGCGACGUGCAGGGACGGAGUUUCAUGAUGGAUCGGUUCUUGCCAGCAGCUAAAGCAAUGGCUUCAGAGGCGCCGAAAUAUGCUCCUCGGAGACAACUUCCGGCCAGUGAACCUGCGAAGCUGGUGAACAGGGUGCAGAAUGAUGCACAGCCUCUGCGAUCCCAGCCUAGGCCUUGCUUCAUCCAGCAAUAUGCCUUGCCGGAUGAGGAGGAAGACGAUGAAUCAGAAGAAGAAGACGAAGAAGAUGAUGAUAAUGAUGCAGGGAAUGCCAUACCUAGAGCUUGUGGGGUUUUCCCUUGGAGUUUGAAGGGUUCACUUUGCCUUACGAAUCCGAUUUUCCGUGCUCAGAGGAUGAGGAACAAGAAGAGCACAUCAUCGACUUUUGUUGCUCGGAAGAGCAACAAACCUACCAAAAGUAAUGACAGUGCAUCAUCUUUCAGCGGAAGUGAUGAGAUGACAUGGGAAGCUGUGUACAGAAAUAAACUAGUUGGCAGAGUCCAGAAUCUCGGACUUCAUGGUAGUGGAAGCAAGCUAAGUGAAUCUUCCAGCUCGCCUUCAGUAUAUGAAGAUACUGCAAACAAUCAACUGAUCAGCUACAGUGAUUCUCAAACACAAAAUGGGUCGUCGUCCUUUAGGCAUUCCCCACGUGGGAUAUCCCCAUACAGAAAUGAAGCAUCUACUUCUCCCUUUUCUGAACGUUCUGGUUUUCUGGGACUUUCCAAAUCAGGUCGUAGUUAUGGUUCUGACAGCUCUGAUGCAAAUUCAAAGGGACUGCAAGCCAGAAAGAACACAUCCUAUCUCAGAAGUAAGGGAAUAUCAGGCUCCCUGAGCCCUACGGUUGAGAAGCCUUUAUAUGUUGAUCCUGCCUGCGUAGGGGAUGCGUCGAAUUCAAAGUCCGACAUGUUGGAAGCCAAAGAGUUAAAUCAAUCAGUUGACAUGGAGGCAUCUACUCCGGUUGAAGAUCAACAAAAACAGGGGGAACCCAUCCUGGACUCUUUUGUUAUAACCCAGCAAAGUGCUCUACAUGUGUCUGAUGUGGGGAAAAUAGGGAAUGUUGUGAACUUGAAAGCUGCCAAGCAUCAUUCUGGUUUACUUGCUGAUAUCAGAUUACUAUCCUGUGCUGAUACAUCUGAGAGCGAUACUGGGAAUCGUGUUGCUUCUGUAGUUAAUUUGGUUCAAGGUGUUGAUACACUUGACAUGUCAUCUAAAGUUUCAAUGCCACGAGAACAGAUGCGGGUAGGGGAACAUAUCAGUGGUGAGCAGGUCAGUUCAAGGAGUGAAUACUCGAGGGAGCAAAAUAGUGGGAACCGUUCAGCAUCAGAUAGUGAGGGAAACUCCCCUCUUCUUCAUUCUCUUCCUCCACUACCGUCGCCUAAAUCUCCUUCAGAAUCAUGGCUUGUUCGUGCAUUACCUGGGUUUUCAGCAAAAGGUUCUUCGUCCUCGUCAUUUCCUCAAUACCGUUUGAAAAAAAGCGCCGCCAAGGCAUCUGAGCCAAAAUGGGAGAUCAUCAUCAAAUCCACCAAUGUAGAUCAUGGACACCUUCGAUACUCUGAGGAACUAAGUCAGACUGCUCCCCGUCAAACUGAAAAUGAAGAUGUAAAGAGUCUGUGAAUUUGUUUACUGGCAGUUUUCUUUGCUGUCAGAGCACAAUCUUAAUUUCCCAAUAGGUAACACAGAUUCUGGUCAUGGUUGUGAAGACCGUGGUGUGGUCAUAACCAUAAUAAGAACGUUAUUGCUGCCAUUGGAGUUUGGUAACCUGAUGUGUGGAAUCUUCACCUGUUUGCAGAAUGAUAUUUUAGAUUAUUGUUUCAUUCUUUGAGCCUUGGUGAAUUUGUUUCUUGUCCUGUCAAUAUCUUCUAUUAUAAUAAAGCUAGGAAGCUGGCUAUUGUUCUGUGUAUAUAGUGUUCAAUAAAAGUAGACUUUUCGGAGCCUCAA